CAUCUUCAUCCUCACCAUCAUCCUCUCAUCAUCAUCAUCAUCAUCAUCACCUUUCUCUGGAUAUGACGGAGGAUGUUAGAGCUGUGGCACCUGCAGCAUCUCGCGCUCAUCCUCCUCAUCCUCCUCCUCAUCCUCACCGCUUCGUUCGUUUUCGAGCCGUGUUAUUGCUGGGUAGAUGGACACCGCAGGCUUAAGCGAGGGAUUGUGAAGCAUUUAGCAGUUCUGACGUUGCCGCAAUAUUUUGGAGCUUUGAAAAUAACAUCCUCAAUAAAAACUAACGCCUCGACGAACGUUUAACAGACUUGUAAUUGUUACGAUGAAGUCUUCGUCGAUUAGAUUAGCACUGGUUAGCAUUUAGAGGCCAAACUCUUGAAGUGAGAUUUGCCCGUGCUAUGGACGAGUCCUCGCUGGUGCGUCAGUGCUGCGGUUCGACCCUGAACCUGUGACCGACUCAGACCAUGGAGCCCAAACCCGACUGCUGCGCCUCGUCCGUGCCCAACUCUCAGCGCGAGCUGCAGCUCAACAUCUACGAGACCAUCAGCGAGGGGAACGUGAAUAAGCUGGAGAGCUCCGCGCUGGUGCGGGCCGGCAGCGACCCCAGCUCCUACCCCUCGUCCAGACGCCAGAGGUUCAUCCGCAGGAGCCUGUGGUUCACCGAUAAUGACGAGCCCCAGCCCGACGACUGCAACCCCGAGUCUGAGGAGCAGAGGAAGGCGCUCGGCAUCAACCUGAGGACCCUCGUGGACCGGACUCUGGUCGCCCGGUCCGGCUUGCAGGAGGGCUCGAGCACAGAGAGCCAGAAGACUCCGAAGGAGCUGGAGAUCAGCGCAGAUGAAGAGCGAGAGGAGCUCAGGACGGGCGGAGGGAAGACUCACGUGAAGGAGGCCAGCGAGGAGAACGAGGAGGAGGCCGAGAUGAAGGCCGUGGCCACCUCGCCCGGAGGACGCUUUCUCAAGUUUGACAUCGAGAUCGGCCGCGGCUCCUUCAAGACGGUCUACAAGGGCCUGGACACGGACACCUGGGUGGAGGUGGCCUGGUGUGAACUUCAGGACCGCAAGCUGACGAAGGUGGAGAGACAGCGCUUUAAAGAGGAGGCUGAGAUGUUGAAGGGACUCCAGCACCCAAACAUCGUGCGCUUCUAUGACUUCUGGGAGUCUCCGCUGAAGGGCAAGAAGUGCAUCGUGCUGGUCACAGAGCUCAUGACGUCCGGCACGCUCAAAACGUAUCUGAAGCGCUUCAAGGUGAUGAAACCCAAAGUGUUGCGCAGCUGGUGUCGUCAGAUCCUCAAAGGCCUGCACUUCCUCCACACGCGCACUCCUCCCAUCAUCCACCGGGACCUGAAGUGUGACAACAUCUUCAUCACGGGCCCCACGGGCAGCGUCAAGAUCGGGGACCUGGGUCUGGCCACGCUCAAGAGGGCCUCCUUCGCCAAGAGCGUGAUCGGCACGCCGGAGUUCAUGGCCCCGGAGAUGUACGAGGAGCACUACGACGAGUCCGUGGACGUCUACGCCUUCGGCAUGUGCAUGCUGGAGAUGGCCACGUCCGAGUACCCGUAUUCAGAGUGCCAGAACGCCGCUCAGAUCUACCGCAAAGUCACCAGCGGGGUGAAGCCUGCCAGUUAUAAUAAAGUGACGGAUCCCGAGGUUAAAGAGAUCAUCGGCGAAUGCAUUUGUCAGAAUAAGGAGGAGCGUUACUCCAUCAAGGACCUGCUGAAUCACGCGUUCUUCGCCGAGGACACGGGCGUGAGGGUGGAGCUGGCGGAGGAGGACGACGGCCUGAAGACCUCCAUCGCUCUCAAGCUGUGGGUGGAGGAUCCCCGGCGGCUGAAGGGCAAAUACAGGGACGGAGGAGCCAUCGAGUUCAGCUUCGACCUGGAGAAGGAGGUCCCUGAGGCCGUGGCGCAGGAGAUGGUCGAGUCUGGUUUCUUCCACGAGAGCGAUGCAAAGAUAGUGGGCAAGUCUCUCCGCGACCGAGUGGCUCUGAUCAAGUGGCGCAGGGAGAGGACGGCCCCGAGGGCCCCGCAGGGCGGCCCUGCUCCGGGGCCCGUCCCCUGUGAACCGGCCGGUCUGCUGGAGCCCGAGGAGCCCGAGGUGGAUCAGCACGUCCACGUGUGUCCGCUCAGCACCAGGACCACCUCCACCACAUCUGACAGCGGCAUCGGCUCGACCGUGUACUCAGACUCCCACAGCAGCGGUCUGCACAGUGUCAUAUACCAGUCCGUACAGGAAUCUGUGUCCACGGCAAACCAAGAGGGUGCACAUCAUGAAAGCUCUUCUGUUAAUGAGUUCAUCCGUUUCCUGAUCCGACCCACAAGUCCUGUCUCCUUUCAAAAACCACGAGAGCAGUCAGAGAUGACAGGAGAUGGAUUGGGAAGUUCUCGCCGUGGAAAUUUGCUGCUCGCUCCUUUACCUGUAACCACUCGUCGCUAUAGCGACACAUCAGUGGAGCCAUCCUCUGAGACAAAGGGGGAGGAGCCUGUCUCAAUGGCAAACCAGGGGCGUCGGCUUUCUUUAAACCCCACCCUUCACCAGCCACCGUCCCCGUGUCAGGCCUGCCUGUCCUUAUUUCUGCUUGGGACAUGUGCGGAUAGAAGACAUUCACCCUAUUCUUUAUUACCGCUUCCUCACGUCCCUGGUGUCUGCAGGGGCUCCAUCAGUGAGAUCUCUGACCUUUCCCGGCUGAACAGAUCUCUGGAGAACAUCACGGGGCACAGACAUCAGCCCGAAAGAGGGCAGUUCCGGCCUACCCGCAGUCACAGUGAUGAAGGACAGGAGCCGCCUCGGGAUGCACUGACGUCCCGUCGCAGAGCCAGUUUUUGUGCUGGCGAGCGCCCAUUGGCUGACGUGUCUUCUGUUCUGAGAGUCCAGAGCCAGGCUGCAGCCGCCGCUCAACACAUGCAGACGUUCCCUCCUGUCUCCUCAGAGACCCCCGCGCAAGCCGCCGGGCAGAAUCUGUCCUCUCCCCUGCCGCUGGUGCUUCUGCAGGGAGUCUCGACCGCACCACAGCAGCUCGCACCUACAGGUCAGACUGCAGAGCUGAACGCACAGAGCCAUGCGCUCCACACUGCAGCGUCGCUCCAGCCAGUCUCUAUGCCGCAGAGUGCCUCGGGUCCGAGUUACCUUCCUGCCGGGGCAGAGCUAGCACAUAGACAGACAUUUCCACCCGUGCAGCUCACCGCAGUCGCAGCUGCACACAGCCUCCCAUGUAAAACAGAAGCAGCGCUGCCUGCAGAUCAGAGUUUUCAGAGCGGAGUCUCCAGCGUGCAGCAUAUCCCACCAGCAUCUGCACAGACUCGACAAACACCUGUCCUACAACAUUUGCAGCAUGUCACUGCGAAUGGCACAACAGAUGGGCAACUUCGAGAUUUCACGAACAUGCAGCAAACUGCUUCUGUGCAGCUGAGCCAAACGGGCUCUGCACCAUCUCUCCCACAGCUCUCUAUUCAGACGCAGCUGAUGGACAGCUGGCAGCAGGGAGGACAGUCCACCUCCAGUCUGCUGACCCAACCUGUUCCUCCUCCAGCUUACCUCACACAGUUUCCUUCCAUUAACUCGGCUCAGUCAGUCGGGACCUCUGUUCCUGGAUGCGACCCGUACCCCGCCUGCUUUCCCUCUGUGCAGUCGUCCCUCAGUCUGCCCAUCCCCUCACAUCCCGACAUCUCUCCAGUGCCGUGUUCACAGGUGGAGAUCUCCGGGCUAACCCAGUACCCCCACCUGUCCUCCACCUCCCCUAUACCCUCACAAUGUCCUGCUCCAGUGUUCGCUCCUCCACUUCCCACAGUUCACCAGUACCAGCAGGCCUAUUCUGUUGCUCAGCAGCCCGCUGUAAACUCCAUGGCCACUCUCUCGCAACAUUCCCACAGUCAGGCCACACCCACAGCGCACCAAAGUCUCCACCCCUCUCCAAACCUCGGCUCUAUGUGUGUUGGAGUCCCUCCCACUAUACAAGCUCCUCCCAGCCAGGGUGUCUUGACCAGCCAUUCCCAAACUGUUCACAUGGACCAGAACAGCAGCCAUAAUGCCCCUCAGCCUCCCGCAGUACCGCAGCUCUCACCCUUCAGACCCGUCCUCGACACAUUGGGCUCUGCUGUGGACCCAAACCAGGCUCAGCACUCCAGCCCAGCGUCUGGAGCCGGCGGCGGCGGCCUGAGUCAACACAACAGCACCAGCGCUCACACUGAAACAUGCUCUGAGGAGCAUGUUCCUGAUAAACAGACAGCAGCAGCAGCUGGGUCCACAUAUGACAGUAUUAACUCAGAUGCCACGUCCGGUAAAGAGAUGAGUGAUGGGAACGAGGGUUCUGGGAGAGCUCGCAGUGAGUCUCGAGUCCGAAAACCCAAUCGCAAAACGUCCCGUACCCGCUCUCGCCAAGACAAGAUCAACAGACCCAAACUCAACAUGAUCAAAGUGUGUGACACAGGAGACAAAAUGGUGGAGUGUCAGCUGGAGACUCAUAACCAUAAGAUGGUGACAUUUAAAUUUGACCUUGAUGGAGAUGCUCCAGAGGAGAUUGCCACAUACAUGGUUGAAAAUGAAUUUAUUCUGUUGCUGGAGAGGGAGAUGUUCAUCGAGCAGCUGAAGGAGAUCAUGGAUAAAGCUGAGGACAUUCUGAAUGAAGAUGCUGAGGGUGAGAAGGCCUCUGUCCAGACCUCACCUCUCCGUCAGACACCCGUCACAGCAGACUCCUGCCCACAGGGGUCAAAAGAUGAGCACAUGCAGUCUGACCAGCUUGUCUAUAAACAGAACGUGCUUCACACCGGGAAGCGCUGGUUCAUCAUCUGUCCUGUGGUGGAGACAGCUGCGCCUGAUGGAGAAGAGGCUGCCACGAACCCAGAAAGCUCCUCUACGUCUCAAACACAGGAUGUGAACACAGCCAGAGCCAAGCCUCUGCAGAAACGGUCAUCGGUGCUACAGGCUUCCCUCUCCGAGGUUGCUCCAUCGGCGGAAGGCCCUCAGGCUGCCUGUGCAGCUGUGGUUUCUGACAUCCCAUGCUGCCCCAUCGUACCUCCCGUUUCACUGGAUGUUUCGGCUCAGAAAGCGGCGGAGGUCCCCCAGCAGCCGGUCGCUCACAGCAGCAGCCCCGGCUUGGAGCUGCCUGUCAGCCAGACGAAGACUCCACCUGUGGUGCUGCUUCAGCCCUUUGCCACACCCACUCCACAGGCUUCCGUCAGUGCAGGCCAAUCACCGCCUCAGAGCCCCACCCAUCAGCCUCAGAGCCCCACCCAUCAGCCUCAGAGUCCCACACAUCAGCAUCAGAGCUCCACCCAUCAGCCCCAGAGCCCUGCCCAUCAGGCCCAGAACACUCUGCCUCCACAGCCGGGCGAAUCAGAUGGGGAAGGGCCACCCAGGUUGGAGUUCGCAGACAGAACAAUAAAGACUCUGGAUGAGAAACUGAGAAACCUUCUGUACCAAGAGUACCACCCCUCGCAAACCACAAGCUCUGCCUCUGAACCGCCCGGAUCGCCGCCGUUAUCAGACAGCCAGGGCAGUGACAGUGCUGUGAGGAAAGCAGAAAAACUGCCACAGAUUCCAGAGAGGUCUGACAGUCUCGGGACCUUGAGUGAUUCUGCUGUUCCCCCCUUCAAAAGGCAUCAGACCAGAAAAGACCCUGGGGCCACUUCUGCCACACACACGUCUGAGAGCCACUUCCAGAUUGUGCCGACAGAUUCAGACGUGUCUUCUCAAGAUGGUGGAGAUCAUGGGAUUGAUCUUGAUUCUGCAGCUGUUCCUGUAAUCGAGAACGGACACAGAUCCACAUCAAAGUCACAAAGCAACCGUUACUCAGCGCCUCCUGACUUAUAUCAGGACACAACUGCUUCCUUUCCAGAGGUCAGACCCACAAUGCCUUGCGCUCAGAGCUCUCUGUCGGCAGACGGGACGGCGCAGUGCUUGUCCUCGGACACUGGAGACGAGGACCAGAGCACUAAGGCCUCGCCUCUGGCUCCUGCGAGGUCAGAGUCAGGCGGCGGGGACUUCAUGAAGCGGGCGGUGGCCUUCCUCCGGCGCUCGGGCCAUAGCAGCAGCGUCCAGAGCUCCGACUCGCCCCCUUGCCCUCUGGUGAACGGCCACGCCCCCUCUGUCAGCGGCCACGCCCACUCCACUUACGUCAGCAGUGAUAACGACUCUGAGUUUGAGGACGCUGAUAUGAAACGAGAGCUGCAGAAGCUUAGAGAGAAGCACAUGAAGGAGAUCUCGGAGCUUCAGGCUCAUCAGAGAGGAGAGAUCGAGCAGCUGUAUUCUCGGUUGGGUCGAGCUGUUCCUCCCAGCGUGGGCUUCUUACAUGCAGUGCCACCUACAGGUCGCCGCCGCAGAGCCUCCAAACACAAGCUGAAGGGAAGCCGACUGCUCAAUCCCAUGGUGCAACAGCUCAGGAACAACCGAAGCAACAGCUCUACUGAGACGGGCUCCAGUGUGUCGGGGUCUCCGGUCAAGAGCUCUGCUCUGGGUAACAGCUCUGUGGGAUCCAGCACAGCCACGCUGAGUCCUGCGUCAGAACCGCUGGAGCCGGUCCAGACUCAGCAGCCCUGCUCGCUCAAGGGCUCUCUGUCCUCUGACAACAUCUACGGCCCCACCACACACACCCCACCCAGACAAGGCUGGACCGUUUACCACCAAACAUCUGAGCGAAUCACCUAUAAAUCUAGUAGCAAACCACGCACUAGAUUCCUCAGUGGACCCGUGUCUAUGUCCAUCUGGUCCACUCUGAAACGGCUUUGUCUAGGGAAAGAGCGCAGCAGUAGGUCUCAUAGUACUGGUGCUGCCCACGUGACUUCAGCAUCCAAUCAGAACCUGCCUCCCGCAGCCAUGCCGGCUUCUUCUUCUCGGCCCAUCACGGCGCUCGUUCAGGCUCAAGCAAACAACAGCAACAACAAAAGUGGUACAUUCACCGACGACCUACACAAGCUGGUUGAUGAUUGGGCAAAAGAAACUCUUGCCUCCGCCCCUCAGCUCCGCCCCUCUAGACCGCAGAGUUCUCUCCAGUCCUUCCAGACCAACCCCGCUCCUAUGACCAGAGUCCCCAAUCAGAUAAGGGGCUCAAUCCCUCAGGCGGCUGUGAAGUUUCAUCUCCCACUGUCCUGUCCGCUGUCAGCAGCUCUGGGUCCCAUCAUGCCUCAUGGCAUCACCAGCACCCCAUCACCCAUCCUCCAGCGGGCCGGAUACUUGCUGCCCUCUGCCCCCUUUGCUGGGAUGAUGCCAGCCCCUGCGUAUCCAAACCAGUGGUCCGGUUUGCCCAGUCCAGUGGGCAUGUUUGCUACGGCCGGUAUGGUCCCGUACCCAGCUAUGGUCAGCCCAGCACUGCAGACUUUUCCUCUGGUGGUGAAAAGCCCAGACGGCCCGAUGCGUCCCAGCAAAGCCAGGACUGCCUGAGAGCGCCACCCUGCGCUCUGAACUCCACAACAGACACUGUUUUUGGCGCAAGGCUGAUCGAUGCACACUUGCAGAAGGAUAAUCAUGCAAGCUCAACGCAGCGGCGGGAGAACACGUUUUUAACUCAAACCACAAUCUCUGAAAUAUCUGUGGGGUUUAGAUCGCUGUUGGAUUAUGGACGCAUCUGUGCAAAGCCUCUGAGCCUGUAAAUAUGAGGUGUGUGUGUGUGAACUUGGGCAUGAGGAGUGUGUUUAUGUGUCAAAACCUUCCUGUGGGCACUGCUUUCGCUUUUUCUCUUUUUUUGAAGAAUCUGUGUUGAGGUGUGUUAGUAAAGGGUUUGGCUGAGAGUACUGCAGGACCAUGGCCUUCGAUUCUACUGCCAUAGAGUAUCAAUAUGUUUCCCCGUAACUCAACACAAUGGUAACCUACAGUGGCAUGAGCUAAAGACAGAUUUCAGUAAAAGUAGACAUCCUUGCAAUGGUUUAAGAAUUAAAAUUCACGCUGCUUGUGUUUUAAAAGAGGCCAAUGAUUGAUUAUAGAAAUAUCAGUCCUACUUUUCAGUGAUUUUUCAUGAAGUAACAGCACUUUUGAGUGGCUUUUAUUGGCUGUUUACAGAAGUAUCCAGCUUUUUUUAAACGAUUUCAGACCACAGGACAUAAUCCCUACAUGAAAAUGAAUAAUUCAGGAUGAUGUAGUGCCUUGAUCAGUCAUCACUUCUCCCUCUAAAGGUAUGAAUUUAGCAUGGUUUUCCUUCUGUUCCUAAUGCAAUUGUUAAUCCUAACCCUUUUUCGGUCAAGUGGAGGUUUACAUAUUUACGUCCCCUUUCUUAAAGCGAGUUUGCAAUCAAUACAUUUAGCAUCAUUUUGCGUUUAAAUAGGAGCUUGUCUGUGCAGAUUGGUAAAUGAGUGCAGCUUGGCUUUCUGAUUGUUGUACUGCAUUCAUAAGCAAUGCUGCACAAGCGCACUGUACUACAGCACAGAGGAAGUCAACAAAUUGUUUACAUUGCAAUGAUGUAAUGUGUUAAUGCAUGCCAUCAAAGCGUCGCAGAUACCAAAAUACUAAAUGAAUAAUUGCUAUCUAAAUAUAUCAAGGAGCAUUUAACGUGCUUGUGGUCUUGCAGAAACCCUUCCCUCCUUAGAGUGUAACACAGGGAGCGAGUGCAGGUUUGACAGGAAUCAGUGUGAAUGCUGUGUGUUGACAUUUCAAGCAUGCCCUUCGACCCCCGUCACUCCCACCUGUAAUGUGAAUUUGGCACGGAACACACACCGAGUUCAGCUACUAUUUGAUCAGACGGCUCUUUUAUGAGCUCUUGCACAGUGUGUGUGACAUUGAGGUGAUAUUUGAAUUUCUUUUAGGAGGGCAGUGCAAUUAUUGCUUCAUAAAAGUGAUCCGAUAUGGGAGAAAUUCCAAGCAAUUGAAUAUUAACUCACACAGAUACACGUGUACAAAAUGCAUCGGUUUCCAAAACCCACACGUCCACGUUAUACACUUUUAUUUCUUAUGUUGGUAAGAUUUCGUCUUAUUUAGGCUUAGAGCCAGCAGGCAGCUUCCAUUUGAGUUUUUAACCUCAUUUUCAAUCUUCGUGAAAGGCUGCGACCCACGCCACUGGCAAACUGUGAAUUGUACAGUCCUCUUGUAUUUAUUUGAUCAGUGCUUUGGAUGCAUCUUCUGCGAUUACCGUACCGUCCCAUCCAUUCAUUUGUUCAGGAUGCUCCGUCGGUCAGAAAGAUCUGCUUCAUGAGCAAUGCUUCCGGUAGGAAGGGGUUUCUGAUAUUCUGUUCCUGCUAUUUAAUGCUAAAAUCUCUGGCAAUAAUGACUUUAUUUUGUCAUGUUAGUGACUUACUGAUCUGAUGUGGCAUUGAAUAGGUUAUGGACUUUUAUUUUCUGUAUUGGCGCUCUGUGAAUGGUGCACACUCUUCAGUGAAUUACUUUACUCCGUUCAGAUACGAAAUGCACUCACAACACAAAGACUGUGUACGAGUUUAAUUAAAGAAUAAAUCAAUAUUUUGUGCUUAAUAA